AUGGGUGAGCAAGCGGGCAACCAUAUCUGCAUCAUGGAGGCUGAAGAUUCAUUUGUCAGUGAUGCUAAAGAACAUCCUUCAAGAGGACCGGAUAUUGAAAUGGGCACCCGGGUUCCAAGGAGUAACUCGGAUUUGGGAAUGGAAGCUUUUAACAAGCAGAUACAAGAAGUUGAGAAGCAUGUGGAUAAGCUUUUUGAGUUGCUUAAAAAACUUAAGGAUGCUAAUGAGGAGUCAAAAUCUGUUACAAAAGCAUCAGACAUGAAAGCAAUCCGAAGGCGGAUGGAGAAAGAUGUUGAUGAAGUGGGAAAGAUAGCACGAAAUGUGAAAGCAAAACUAGAAGGAAUAAACAAAGACAAUUUAGCCAAUCGACAGAAGCCUGGAUGUGGGAAGGGGACAGGUGUAGACCGAUCGAGGACGAACAUGACCAAUGCAUUGACAAAGAAGUUCAAAGAUCUGAUGACAGAGUUUCAGACUCUAAGACAACAAAUUGACGAUGAAUACCGUGAGGUUGUGGAAAGAAGGGUAAUUACAGUCACAGGAACCAGACCAGAUGAAGAGACAAUCAACCAUCUGAUAGAAACUGGAAACAGUGAACAAAUUUUUCAGAAGGCUAUUCAGGAGACAGGACGAGGACAGGUGCUAAAUACCCUAGAAGAAAUUCAGGAGAGACAUGACGCAGUGAAGGAAAUUGAGAAAAAGCUUCUUGACCUGCAUCAGAUUUACCUGGAUAUGGCAGUCCUAGUUGAGGCUCAAGGAGAUCUGUUAGAUAACAUUGAAAGCCAGGUUUCGAAUGCAGUCGAUCAUGUCCAAUCUGGGACAACUGCACUUCAGACCGCAAAGAAACUUCAGAAGAGCUCUAGGAAAUGCAUGUGCAUUGCCAUGAUUAUUCUCUUAAUAAUAGUGGCUAUUAUAGUGGUUGGUGUCCUUCAUCCUUGGAAGAGUGGCUAG